UGUUGUAACGUUCAUUGUUAGAACAGUCAGCCACAGCGCACCGAAACUAGGCUCUGUGUCGGUUUAUGAGGAGCUUUGAUUUUAAUAGUUCGAUUUUAAAUGAGUGAUAAAAGCGACAGUAAUAAUGACAAAAGCAGAAAUCGCAGUGUGGUGUAUGUUUACAGUCCGGAAUACAUCCAGACAUGUGACUCGCUGUCUAAAGUGCCAAACCGGGCGAGUAUGGUGCAUUCACUGAUUGAGGCGUAUGGCUUAUUGAAAUACAUGAGGGUGGUAAAGCCACAUGCGGCUUCAAUAGAGGAGAUGGCCGUGUUUCACACAGACUCUUACUUGCAGCACCUGCACAAGAUCAGCCAGGACGGGGACAAUGAUGACCCUCAUUCUGUUGACUUUGGACUGGGUUAUGACUGUCCGGUGGUGGAAGGUAUUUUUGAUUACGCGGCCUCCGUUGGAGGAGCCACUCUGACUGCUGCCCAGAAUCUGCUGGAUGGAAAGUGUGAUGUGGCCAUCAACUGGGCCGGAGGGUGGCAUCACGCCAAGAAGGAUGAGGCAUCUGGGUUCUGUUAUGUGAAUGACGCUGUUCUUGGAAUCCUCAAACUGCGGGAGAAGUAUGAGAGGGUUCUCUAUGUGGAUGUGGACCUUCACCAUGGCGAUGGUGUGGAGGACGCUUUCAGCUUCACCUCUAAAGUCAUGACAGUGUCUCUGCACAAGUUCUCUCCUGGCUUCUUCCCAGGCACAGGUGAUGUGACUGACACUGGGCUGGGUAAAGGACGCUGGUACGCUGUUAACGUCCCCUUUGAGGAUGGCAUACGUGAUGAUCGGUACUGCCAGACCUUCACCAGUGUGAUGCAGGAAGUAAAAGCUCUAUUUAACCCUGAAGCAGUUGUGAUGCAACUAGGAGCGGACACAAUGGCGGGUGACCCCAUGUGCUCCUUCAAUAUGACUCCCGUUGGAGUUGGAAAGUGUCUAAACUAUAUACUGGGCUGGGAGUUACCCACUCUGCUACUAGGAGGAGGCGGCUAUAACCUUCCCAAUACUGCCCGCUGCUGGACCUACCUAACGGGGACCGUCCUAGGACAGACUCUGUCUUCUGAGAUCCCAGACCAUGAGUACUUCACUGAAUACGGCCCAGAUUAUUCCCUGGAGAUCAGCCCGAGCUGCCGACCCGACCGCAACGAGAGCCAGCAUCUGGAGCGGGUCAUCAGCACCAUCAAAGGGAAUCUGAAGAAUGUAGUUUAGGAGUGGGCUCCCAGCUCAUGUUUCCAAAUCAGGCCCUGCUCCUCUAAUGAAGACAGUAUGUCGGAGCCAUCGCCAGAAGGGAGUUUGGAAAACAUUACUUGAAUGUUUCCAGGGAACAUUUUUUAAAAUGCAGAGAUGGACCAGUGUUGCCACAUUUGAACGGUUUUAGUCAAAGUUGGAUCUGGGGAAAAUGUGUGUAUUUUUUAACAAAAAUCCAAAGCCAUUUUCAGAUGAAACAAAGCGUGAAUACAACACGUUGUGAGUGCGAUAUGUAAAAAAAAAAAAAAA